AUGUUGUUUGGUUCUUCACUUUUAUUCCUGGCUAUUCACGCCGGGUACGCGCGAGCAGAGCCUAUUGCGCGAAGAGGUGCCCCCUUGCUUGAUGCCUCAUUUGACUAUGUUGUUGUCGGUGCUGGCACUGGUGGUAGCGUCAUUGCGACGCGCCUAGCGCAACAGUCAUUCAAGGUCGCGUUGGUGGAAGCGGGUGGUUAUUAUGAGGUUGAAUCUGUCGCAGAGGUUCCAGCUGCCGAUGUGCUUCCGGUGGGAUCUGAUCCCAGUACCUCGUCUGCCGUGGAUUGGGGCUUCGUAACCAGUGGACAACCUGGAGCAAAUGGACGGGCGAUACAUUAUGCGCGAGGAAAGUGCUUGGGAGGAUCAUCUGCUUUGAACUUCAUGAUCUAUCAACGCCCGACCAUUGAAUCCAUGGAGCAAUGGGCAAGCGAUGUCAAUGACAGCAGCUACAAAUUCGACGCAGUUCUACCAUACUAUAAGAAGAGUGCCGCAUUUACAGCACCGAACAUGAACGAGCGCGCAAAGAACGCAACCCCCGAAUAUAGUACCGAAGGAUUCGACAGCAACGGGGGACCUCUCCAGGUAUCCUAUGCAAACUACGCGCAGCCCUUCUCCUCCUGGAUGGAUCUCGGCAUGAACGCCAUCGGCAUCAACGACACACAAGAUUUUAACCUGGGAUCAUUGAUGGGAGCGCAGUACUGCUCAUCCACCAUCGAUCCCAGCACCGAGUUCCGCAGCAGCUCGCAAUCAUCUUUCCUUGCAACCAUUAGUCCUUCAACACUGACAACUUAUACCGAAACUCUCGCCAAGAAGAUUGUCUUCGACAACAAAACGGCAACUGGAGUCCAAGUGAAAGGGGCACUUGGGAAUACUGUUACCCUUUCAGCGAAGAAAGAGGUGAUCGUCUCCGCAGGUGUUUUUCAAUCACCACAACUACUCAUGGUCUCGGGCGUCGGGCCAUCAGAUAUCCUAGAGGAACACGGAAUUACAGUUGUAGCGAAUCGGCCCGGCGUGGGACAGAACAUGUGGGAUCACCCGUUCAUGGCGCCUACAUACCGCGUGCAGGUCGACACACUUACCAAAAUCGCGACGAACUUGGUCUACGCCGCGGGAGAAUUCCUCGAUGGAGUACUAUCCAAAAAUGGGCAAUUGACAAACCCCAUUGCGGACUUUUUGGCCUGGGAGAAGAUUCCCGCGAGCCUACGCUCUGGAUGGUCUCAGACCACAAAAACGGCGUUGGACAAGUUCCCUAGUGAUUGGCCAGAGGCUGAAUACAUUUCCGGUGCAGGAUAUAUUGGAAACGUCUCUAAUCUCCUCACAGACCAGCCCAAAGAUGGGUACCAGUAUGCUUCGAUGUUGGGCGUCUUGAUUACACCAACAUCUAGAGGAAAUGUCACGCUUAAGUCUGCUGAUACGUCGGACUUGCCAGUCAUCAACCCCAAUUGGCUGGGUGAUACCGCCGACCAAGACGUUGCCAUUGCCAUGUUCAAGAGAAUGCGACAAGCAUUCCAAAGCGAGGCGAUGGCACCAGUGAUCAUUGGUGACGAGUACUACCCUGGUACCGGGGUGCAAUCAGAUUCUGAAAUCCUAGAGUUUAUCAAGAACAAUGUCAUGACCUUGUGGCAUGCGGCUUGUACCUGCAAGAUGGGCACAUCUGAUGAUGACAUGGCGGUUGUUGACUCCCAAGCCCGUGUGUUUGGAGUGGAAGGGCUCCGCGUGGUUGAUGCGAGCGCUUUUCCAUUCCUUCCCCCGGGUCAUCCCCAGUCUACUGUUUAUAUGCUUGCAGAGAAAAUUUCGGAGGCUAUUAUUCAGGGGCAGUAA